UUUCGUUGCUUCAGUUGGCAACAGUCAUCUAAAAUUUUCGCAUUUUCAAAGAUAAAAACUAAGUAAUUCUACCGAAAAUACACGUUUAAAUUAAAUAUCAUUAACUCAGAGUGGUUACUAUUAUUGUAGCAAUAGUGUUUUUCAUCGUUGAAAGUGAUUGGUGCAUGUUUUUUUUUCAUAACACAAAUAGCAGUUUUUGGGUCUGAAUGGAUCGUGUUUGUAUUUUACGGUGUGAUUUUUAGUGGUAUUACCCUGCUACGAUGGACAUCGACGUUAGUAAAGAGAAUAUUCAACCUCUGCGAGGUGGCAGGAACCUGGUGCAGCUGGGAACGGCUUUACAAGCUCAGUCGGAUGUUGACGCUCAGAGACAGCUGCAAAUACAGAAAGAAGAGCAUGAGGCAGCCAUAAGAAACUAUCAUGGAACUGACCCCUUAGACCCCUGGUUCAAUUACAUCCAAUGGGUUGAACAGUGCUUCCCUAAACAUGGCCACGAGGGUCAUAUUGACAAGUUAAUAAAAGACUGUUUGCAGUUAUUUGAGAAGGAUGAGAGGUACUACCAAGACAGGAGAUUUGUCAAGCUGUGGAUCAAAUAUAUUGACUGCCUAUCAAAUCCCCUGGAGAUAUACCAGAGGCUGCACAGCAGUGGUAUUGGAGUAGAAUGUUCAGAGUUCUACCGUGCCUGGUCGUGCUACUGCGAGGAGUCGGGGGACUACAAGCGAGCCAACCAGGUCUAUAUGCUCGGCCUCCAGGCUAAAGCUCAGCCGUUAGAUGAACUAGAGCAGGCUCAUAUGAACUUUCAACUUUACUUUGCUCAACGGAUGCUCCAUGAUGAUUCUCCGACCAAGAGGAAGGCUGCAUCAGCCUUAGCUGAGACCAGGAUGGCUCUGACCUCCCUCAAGUCGUUCAAACGGAGAAACAUAGCCAAUGUCCCUGUGCAACGGGUCGGGGACAGUGUUAGAAGUGCAGUGCCAGGUGUGGUCAGACAAGGGAACAACUUUGACAAUAGAAUGCCAAACUCCAAUGUCAUGGUCAACGUUUAUCAGGAUGCCCCAUCAACCUCGCAAGGCGUGGCGGCGACAUCCGAGGCCCCCGGGCCCGCGUCGCUGGUGCAGGCCUGUGCCAACGUGGAGAACGAGCGGGAGGUGGGCGUCUGGACCAGCGCCAAGAUCAAGAUGGUCCACGCGAAUGUCGUCCCGCAUCAACCUCUGCCUUUUGUUCCUUAUGAAGAUGAAGAAGACGUGUUGAAGCUGCCUGCGAAUCACAUGGCUUACUGUGUGGACGACCUGACAUUCACCGUGCCCCUCUGUGUACCUGAUCCUCCAGAUGCAACCAAAAUUACUUGUUAUAAUAAGUCUGAGGUUUACGUAGGCGAGGGAGAAUACAGUUUAGAAGAAAUAAGGUCGAGAAAAUAUCAACAAAGAGUUCACGAAAAGACUGAAGAAAGACCGGAGGAAAAGAUGUCGAUUCACGAGAGCUACAGUAAUUUUAACGAGUCGGCGGCGCAAUGCAGCGCGUUGGAGACCCUAGCCAACUGCGCUUUGGACGCAGAACAGGACCAUUUAGGGCAUAUGAUGCCCUUGAAUAUCCCAACACUGCAGAACAUCACUAAAGUGACCAACAUGCAUUCGCCGGGAGAACCGAAGGUGCUAGUGAAUCUCGACUCGAAAGAGUUCAGUGAACUUGCGGCGAGGAGAAGUGACGAUAGUACAAAGCAAUCCGAGUCCUCUGACAAAGAGAACCAGGUGAAUCCUUCAGGCCACGACUACGGGGAGAAUGCGGGUAACUACGGACGGAAUAACUUGGUGGAAGACUUCAACAGGAGUCUCAUGAGCAACCUUCUUGGGGACUCGGUGACGGUCAAUACCAAGGAGGCGAGGUGGGAGCUCAGGAACCUGUUCAACGACAACGGUUCUAUGGGAGCUAGUGAGCCAUCCAUGGUCCAGCCGAUAGUGCAGCAGUUCGACGUGCCCAAGUUCGACAUCCACGAGGACCGCUCCAUGACGAUGGCGCUCCACAGCCACAAGAAGCCGCAGGACGCGCCCGACGCCCCCACCGUGCCUGAAGACAAGGAGAAUGCGAGCAAAGUUCCUAUGGCUGCUAUGGUGGCACCGCAGAAUCCUAACAAAACUGCAUACUUCGAAGAGCCGUGCACGCAAGUGUUCAACUUCAACAUUAGAAGCGCGAGUACGCCAAACAUGUCGCAGUUCAAGAAGCCGUCUAACAUGGAUCACUCGGGGAAGAUGUCCUCGGUACCCAAGUUCAAUAUGGACGAGAGUGGGGUCGAUCACGGAGACUUGGGGUUUCAGAAGAAAGAGGAGUUCUCAAUCCCUGAUGUUAGAGACCAACAUGCCACAGUAGACCACCAAGGCACCGGCUUGUCUGUCAUCAUGGAGGCCACACGGGAAUACAACAGUAAAUCUGGUUCCAGUUCAUCAGGCCAGUCCACGAGAGGAAACUACACGGGAUUCAACACCCCCUACAGUGAAAAGACUCAAGCGUCCAACUUCGACUCCAUGUACAGCCAAGGCAACGAUCCUACCUCAUCCAAAAGACAGUCCAUCUCAGCCCAACCUAGAACACAAUAUAACAGUCAGCAAUUUCCUAGAGGCUACCCACAGAAGCGAGAGCAACCCGAAACUAAACCUCAAACUCAGCCUGCAGUGCCUUACUUGUCUCACGACCACCAGUACCAGAAGCCGAAUGCGAACGCGCAGAGUUACAACGGCUACCCGGCGCCGGCGCAGCGGGCCGCGCAGCACUACCCGCCGGGCUACGGCUACCAGCAGCCGGGCUACAGCCAGGGUUACGCCAGCCCCGGGCCCGCCUACAGCCCGCAGCACCCGCCCGCCCAGCCCGGCUUCCAGAGCCCCACCUACUCCGCCCAGCAGGUGCCGCACGGCUACCACAGCCCCGGCCACAUGAUGAGUCCGCAGCACGCGUAUAGACAGGACAUGUACCACUACCCGGCCGCGGAGCGUGCGCAUGUGUAUGCGCAGCCGCAGCCCGGCUUCCAGAGCCCGCCGCACCAGCCGCAGUACCCGCCCGCCCAGCACCAGCCUCAGCACCCGCCCGCCCAGCACCAACCUCAGCACCAGCAGCAGCACCCGCCUGCCCAGCAUCAGUCGCAGCACCAGUCCGCCCAGCACCAGCCUGCCCAGCACCCGCCCGCCCAGCACCAGUCGCCUGCCCAGCACCAGUCGCCUGCACAGCACCAGCAGCAGUACUACCAGCGCGCCGCGCCCGCCCAGCAUCAGCAGCAGUACUCGCACCACGCGCAGCCGCCCGCCGCCCAGCAGCAGAGACAGCAGCAGCAACAGAACUACCACAUGCAAGCGCAAUACGCCAGCCCGAAUAUGUACGCCAAUGCGCCCCAGCACCCUGGCAACCAGAGCUAUAACAUGCAGAGCCCCUACAGACAGCCUCAGAAACAACCGGAGAGCACCGGCUACGGCGCGGCGGCCGGUCAACCCUUCCAGAUAUACCAGAGUCCACAGCCGACUCAAAACAGCUAUCAUAAUGCCGCGCCACAAACCCCGACUCAGGAUAGAUGCCAACCAAUGCAGACCUCUCCCGACGUGCAACAGAAGCCAGAGACGCAUGCCAAUACCACAUUAAGAGCUACGAUGGACCAGACCGCUGCUAAUAAGAUCAGUCCUCCAAAACAGCCGGCGCCACAUAAGAGCCCUACCGCGGCGCUGCGCAGUGUCAGACACGACCAGCCCAAUGUUAAACACGGACAAAACUCCCCAGACAUUGGAUUCUCCAACCAGUUUCUUAACUUUAUAUCAAAUAGAAACGAGCCCAAAGAUAAUGCAAAUACUCCUAAAUUUACUAAUAGUCCUAGCAUAUCACAUAAGAUGCAUAAGAAUCUCUAUGUGUCUAGUCCAGAACAGGCUCAGAUUCCCCCGACAUCAGGUCUAUCUGAUUCAGACAGCAAGGACAGUAUGACGGCGCAAACCGCUACGCCGAUACAGUCGGCUAAAGUGGCUCGUGCUGCUGAAAAAAUCAAGGAUAUCUCAAAGAGGCAGCUUGAUUUUGAACAUAGAGCAGAAUUACAAUCUGAGGACAGCAGGGAUUCAGUUAGCAAAGACGGCAGAAUAUCGUCUGUGUACUCAAGGCAGUCCGAUUUCCACUCUGACGGGUACGGGAUGGAUGUAGAUAGUGAGAACUCAAUGGAAUGUUCGGCAUUCAAGUCGACGCAUUCCAUUUCUUUGGUGGAAACUAGUGAUAUUCCCCGGCCUGCCGACAUCGACUUCCCGGCAAGGAUUGAUCCCUUCAACAAGAAGAUGCUAACGUCAUUGUUGGAAUACGUGAAGUUCCCUAAUAAGACGCAUGAGCAGGGGUACGUAGAAGUGAGGUCUAUUCCCAAGCUGCAAGUGAACACAUCGGUGACAGUUGGCAACAAGAGAUUCGCCGUAGAGAAGCAACUCGGUAAAGGGAACUAUGGUGCAGUGUUCCUGUGCCUCGACGUCCAUAGUAAUAAAUCUGUAGCCGUCAAAUAUCAAAAGCCGAGCCGCCCAUGGGAGUUCUACAUUUGCCAAGAAAUUAAGGCGAGGAUAAAGGAUCCCUUUAUGCUUCCAGGGUACAUGGACAUCACAACUGGCUUUAUUGGGGAAAAUGCAAGUUUAUUUGUAUCUGAAUAUUCGAAGUAUGGAUCUCUGCUGGAUGUUGCCAACAAAAUCCGCAUGGCCACAUCGAAGUGCAUACAUGAAAUGAUAGUCUUCUUGCUGACUUCGGAGAUGCUGUCCAUUGUGCAUUAUCUACACAAAGCACAGAUCAUCCAUGCAGACAUUAAACCAGAUAAUUUCCUGCUAAUGAAGAUACCUGCGCAAGAAUGGCGGACUCCUUCGCUGCAGCUCAUUGACUUAGGAUGCUCAAUAGACAUGUCUCUCUUUCCAGAAGGAACUACUUUUAGAGAACGAAUUUCGACAGAAGGCUUUACUUGUACGGAAAUGAGAGAAGGCAAGCCUUGGACCUAUCAAACUGACCUCUACUGCCUUGCUGGCACAAUACAUGUGAUAUUAAUGGGUAGCUACAUGAAAGUAGUGAACCGAUUAGGACAAUGGAACAUAGACAAGAAACUGCCAAGGUAUAUGAAAUCAAACGUCUGGGAUCAAGUAUUUACAACCCUGUUGAAUGUACCAAAUUGUGAUACUUUGCCGGACCUAAUGGAGCUGAAAGAAGAAGUGGACUUAGUGCUGUUGCAACAGUACGUGAACCUCGGCUCUCAGCUGCGUACAUUUGCCAAUGUGCUUGAAUCUAGGUAAAUUAGGGCCUGAUAUUGUAUUUAUUGCAUUUAGAUAUGUGACGGUUGUAUAAAAUAGAUACCUAAUAAAAUAUAGACUUACAAAUUAUGCAUAAGUCUGAUAGCUUGAUUUCAUUAUGUAUAUUCACCAGCUAAAAGUUGUUUCUUUGUUAAGGAAAAGCAAUAAGUAUUAAUUAACAUGCAGAAUCUUCAAUUAUGAACUUAACUAUGUAUUAGUUUUAUGGAGUAACAUGUUGUUUAGUUAAAAUUGUGAUAUUUUUUCAUAAAACAUUGCUUUUAGUGAAUCAAGUUCACUUUUGAAACUAUUAUUAGGUUUCAUUUUAUUUUUGUAACUACUCCUCAAUGUGGUCUGUUUUCACAUUUCUUAUUUGUUUGAAUGUAAAGAAAAUUAAUAAAUUACGUGGUUAAUGAAA